AUGCCAGGGGCAGAAGAUGGGGUCACACGGGAGAAACCGUAUAAAUGUAUGGAAUGUGGGAAAAGUUUCAGUGUGAAUGGGUCACUUACUUCCCAUCAGAGGACUCACACGGGGGAAAAAACGUAUAAAUGCGGCGCAUGUGGGAAGAGCUUCAAUUGUAAGAGUAACCUUACCUUACACGAAAGAACACACCUGGGGGAGAAGCCGUACACGUGUCUGCAGUGUGGGAAGAGCUUUGUCAAGAGUUCAGUCCUUAUCGUUCAUCAGAGAACCCACACAGGGGAGAAACCGUAUAAAUGUAUGGAAUGUGGGAAAAGUUUCAGUGUGAAUGGGUCACUUACUUCUCAUCAGAGGACUCACACAGGGGAGAAGCCACAUAAAUGUAGUGAGUGCGGAAAGAGCUUUGGCCGAAAAGGUAGCCUUACCAUACACGAAAGGACACAUACGGGGGAGAAACCCUAUAAAUGUACUGAGUGCGGAAAGAGCUUCGUGAAGAGUGCACUCCUUACUGUACAUCGAAGGACUCACAUGGGGGAGAAACCAUUGAAAUGCAUGGAGUGUGGGAAGAGUUUCGGUCAGCGUGGGAAACUUGCAACGCAUGAAAAAGCCCACAGCAGGGAUUAAUCAUCAUCAUGCCUGCAACAUGGAAAGAAGCGUCACAGGCCACAUCUUUUCCCUUCUAAGACUAUAGAAAUGCAGAGACUACCAAGAGAGCUUCUACCAGAUAGAUACCCUUCUUUUUCUUCAAAGAACUCCCCUGGGAGUAAAUCAUUAAAAUACAGGGCAACUGUCAGUAGCUUUCUUCGCCAUGUGUGAACUCAUUACCGGUACAAACUGUUUUAAGGUGUCAGAGGAAACUGACUUGGCUGGGUUCACACAAGAAGAUAAACCAUGGUUAACUAGGCAGCGUUUACACUUGGUUAAUGUUUCUAGAUCUGGCCUGCAAAAAUG